CAAACCGGAAGUUUCUCUCUCUCCAUCGAUCUAUCUUAUUCUCCUUCUUUUUCCUUUUCUCUUUUUUAAUACUGAUGUCAAGCAGUUUCUAUUCAACGAAACUUUUCACACUCUGUUAUUUGACAACAGUGUUAUAUUUAGAAAUAAAUGAGGAAGCUCAAAUAUAAUUUGAAAUUAUUCCGAAUGGAGUUGAUACAACAAGGCGCUAUUAAAGAAACAUAGACAAGCAAAAUUAGUGAGAUUUCUUUUGAAAUUAGCCUGCUUAGUUGUGUCGUGGAGGAUGCUUCGAGAGCCGUAUCCCUUUGUGGAGGAUAGCUUUAGCCGUUUACCAUCUCAGAGUAACAUUUAUGGGCUGUGUCAGGCCGGGGAACAGGAGCUGUUAGCGGCCACUCUCAAAGGUAAAGUGGUGUGUUUUAGGUACCAGGAGCUGCAGCAGAAAGUCCGACCUGUGGCCAAGGAGGUUCAGUUUACAUACAUACCAGUUGAUGCAGAGAUUGUAUCAAUUGAUGCCUUCAACAAGUCUCCACCCAAAAGAGGUCUGGUGGUGGGAAUCACCUUCAUAAAGGACUCUGGUGACAAAGCCACUCCUUUCCUGAAUAUCUACUGUGACUAUGAGCCCGGCUCCGAGUUCAACCUGGAGUCUAUUGCACAAAGCUGUCUGAAUCUGGAGCUGCAGUUCACCCCCUUUCAGCUCUACCAUACAGAAGUGCAGUGUGCUGAUGGAGGCAGUGAGACGGUGUUCCUGCUCAGUGGCCAUGACCAGAGGAUUCACCUGUACAAGGAGAACGCCUCCCUGCACCAGUUUGAGGAGCAGCCAGUGGAGAGACUGUUCCCUGAGCUACAACAGCUGCCCAGCAAUGUGUUAUGGUUGGAUACGCUCAGCAUAUCUGGAGGCCGGCGGCUCUCAGCAUUCGGUUGUCAGAACGGCUGUGUUGAACUGGCUUUGGUCAAUGAGAAGGGACCAGAGGUUCUGCAGAGCUGGCGGGUCCAGUUCGACAGUCCGAUCUCUGCAGUGCUGCUGUUUCCUUUGAGAUGCCAAACCAAGUCCAGCCAGCCCAGGAGAGAGACAAGUGAGGAAGUGGAGAGCUACAGCCUCCUGAUAACCAGCACUAUAGAGAUGGCGGUUGUUUACAGAGACGUCCAGGAGCGAGGGUUGUCCUGGUCGACGUGUCUCUCGGAAAGUGAUCAGUGGGAUGCAGUGCUCUGCGCACUGGUCAUUGACCUGGACUUCGACGGGCAGAAGGAGGUGCUGCUGGGAACAUAUGGACAGGAGCUUCUUUGCUACAAAUUUCAACCUGAAGGUUGUGGGCAAGAUGGACAGUUUCAGCUGCAGUGGAGGCGGAGCUUCAAGAGUCCUUUGCUGUCCAUCAUCUACUUAGACUUGACCGGGGACGGUUUAAGAGAGCUGGCAGUGCUCACACUGAAGGGUUUGCACAUUCUACAGCAUAGUCUUACCUGCACUGCUGAUUUAGUCCUGGAGAGGCUCGGCCAGAGGGUGUCGGCGUUGACGGCAGGGCCUGAGCUACAGCCAACCACAGCUUCAGAGACGGAGGAGAGCAAAGCCAAUCAGAUCCAGGAAGACGUCACUCCGACACCAUCUUAAAGAUAUUUCAUUUUGUUUGUAUGUUUUAGUCAAGUGUAAACAAAGGUUCAUUGUGAAGGAUUGUCUCCAAGUUAGACAGUUUUCUGAUUAGAAAUAUGAUAACAUGUGAUAUUUUGUCCCCUUGGCAAUUUUUGGUUUGGACUCAGGAGAUGUGACAUUAGUUGCCCUCACAAAGAUCAAUAAACUGACUUUUUCCCACUCA